AUGGCAGACGCAGGGAUGCCAUCCUCGGAGAAGACCUUCCGCGGCUACAGUGCCGAACAGGGCCAGAAGUAUGCGCGUGCGCGUCCGGGCUACCCGGUGACGCUGUAUGAUGCCGUGGCGGCCUACCACGUCGGACACGGCGGCCGUCUGGACACGCUGCUCGACGUCGGCUGUGGGCCGGGCACAGUGGUGGGUGAGUUUGGCGGUCGGUUCCGGCAGGCCAUCGGUAUUGACCCGUCGGCCGGUAUGAUCAGCGCGACACGGGAGAAGGUCCAAGGCGCGGCCGUGCGGUUCGAGGUGUCGACGGCCGAAGCACUCGGUGCCGACCACAGCCCGCCGCUCGUGGCCGACGGCAGCGUCGACGUCAUCACGGCCGCCACGGCCGCCCACUGGUUCGACAUGGCCGGUUUCUGGACGCGUGCCGCCCAGGUCCUCCGUCCCGGUGGCACUGUCGCGCUCUGGUGCGUCGGCGGUGGACCACUGCGGCUGGCUGCUGACGUGCCGGCCGGAGCGGCCAUACAAGCACUCAUCGACGGCUUCGAUGCCCAGCUGCACGACUACAUGGUGCCCGGCAACUGGAUCGUGCGCAACUCGUACACCGAUCUGGUGCUGCCCUGGUCGUCAUCGUCGUCAUCGUCGGCUUCCGUUGCGGCCGUCUUUGAUGAGACCACGUUUAUCCGCCAGCCUUGGUGCACGUCGGCCGAUCCGGCGUACGGCUACGGCCCCGACUACGCUGUCUAUCCGUCCGUCGUCACAGCCAUCCCCUUGCGCGCUUUUGAGCGCAUCGUUGAGACCGGCAGCCCCAUCACGCGCUGGCGAGAAGCCCAUCCCGACCUCGUCGGCACCGAGAAUGACAUUGUCCGCCAGACCUUCAUCCAGAUCGAACGGCUCAUGCAGGCCGCCGGCGUCAAGCCGGGCUGCGAGACCAUCUCGGGCGCCUACGCUGGCGUCCUGCUUCUGGUGCGGAAGAAGGACUAG